GUCAUAGGUCAAGAACAAGUGCAAACAAGUCUUUUUUUUUCUCCUCCCUGGAAAUAUUAUCAUUGUUAUGAUUAGUUAUUAAAUCGUCAAUAAUCAUGGCAGAUGUACCUGAACAAGCUCCAGAACAUUGUCCUGGUACCCAGAGUGAACAAGCAGGAAAAGCAUCAGCAUGUGCUGGAUGUCCAAAUCAAAAUAUAUGCUCAUCAGGAGCAACAAAUCAACCAGAUCCAGGAAUGGCUCUUGUUAAAGAAAAAUUGUCAUGUGUUAAAUACAAAAUAUUGAUAUUAUCUGGUAAAGGAGGAGUUGGAAAAAGUACAAUGACUUCACUUAUAUCGAGGACACUUGCAGCUGAUAAUCCAGAUAGAAAUGUUGCAGUAUUAGAUAUUGAUAUUUGUGGACCAUCACAGCCAAGAGUGCUAGGUGUUCUUGGUGAGCAAGUUCAUCAAAGUGGAUCAGGAUGGUCUCCAGUUUAUGUAGAGGACAAUUUGUCACUCAUGUCAAUUGGCUUCUUGUUAGAAAGCCCAAGUGAUGCAGUCAUUUGGAGAGGCCCAAAGAAAAAUGGUAUGAUAAAACAAUUUCUUACUGAAGUUGACUGGGGAAAUCUAGAUUAUUUGGUAUUAGACACACCACCAGGUACAUCUGAUGAACAUUUAUCAGCUACGUCAUAUUUAAAAGAUGCAGGAAUAACAAGAGCAGUUAUUAUAACAACACCUCAAGAAGUUGCUUUGCUUGAUGUAAGGAAAGAAAUUGAUUUUUGUAAAAAAGUUGGUAUUCCAAUUUUAGGAGCAAUUGAAAAUAUGAGCGUUUUCGUUUGUCCCAAGUGCAAAAAUUCUGCUGAAAUUUUUCCGGCUUUAACUGGUGGAGCAAAAAAAAUGGCUGAUGAUAUGGACAUUGAAUAUUUUGGAUCAGUUCCACUUGAUCCAUUACUUGCAAGAUGUUGUGAUGAUGGAAAAAGUCCUUUAAUUGAAAUGCCUGAUUCUCCAUCAGUUGUAGCAAUUAAAAAUAUUGUUGCCAGAAUUGUACAAAAGUGUGAAGAAAGCUAAAUGAUAAUAUUCAGUUAAUGCAUAAAUACAAACUUAUAAAAUAUCAAUUAGAAUAAACAAA